CCCUGAUAGGGGGUUAGGUAGGCCGUAACGGAAAACACUACUGGAAGCUGUUUUCACGUGCUAUCACAAACCCCAUAGACUAGAGCCAUGAAAGACUUAAGAAUCUUGAACUGAAGGCAUCUCUGCCAUGAGAAGCCUCACCAACUCGCUCCAUCAUGUCGUUGCGCUCUCGCUGCUCCCCAGCAGCCUUUCGAUCAUCUGUGAUGGCGAAUCACAUUUGCACAUUGCCAGCUUCACCAGUGAGCUGGCCACGUCCAUGGGGGCCUUCUUCGCCUCCACGAUGCGGAUGUUGGGCCGCGUGACCUUGCUGGACGACGGCAAAGGAGCCACGUGGCCGCCCUACAAGCGGUUGCUGAUCUACCGGGACUACUUGCGGCGCUUGCCAGACCUGUCGAUCUGCGAUUGGGUCCUCCUCAUCGACAGCUAUGAUACGGUGAUCAUGGAGGGCGAGGAGGGGAUUCUGGAGAUUCUGCAUCGCUUGGAGCAACAGACCGGCGUCUCCUCCUUCUUCGGCGCGGAAGCCCUCUGCCAGACCGAGUGCCGAGCUCAGGAGCAAGCCGCCGCCCAGCGCCACGUGGACACGCCCUGGAAGUACUUGAACGCCGGGCUCCACGCGGGACGCUUGUGGGCGAUGCGACGGAUUUUCGAGGAGCCCAUCAAUGUGAGCACUGCGUGGACGGACCAGGACUGGGCGAUCAAUCUCACCCUGGCCAAGCCUGAUCUAGCAGUUCUGGACUAUCGCCAGGAGCUCUUCAUGAACGCCUUCAGCAUUCAGGGCCUUCAGCCGGAGCUGCCGGAGCUGGCGCGGUCCUUCGGGCAACCGGCCGGCGCCCUCGCCGUCGGCGCGGACCCGGCGGCGCCGUCGUCGCAUUGGAUCGAGAACCGAAUCACCCAGACGCGGCCGCCCAUCGUGCACUUCCCCGGCAACGCGAAGUUCCCCGCGCUGGGCGCCUGCACCGAGCGGCCGGAGCAUCUCUGCCAGCAGUCCUUGCCCUUCGAGGUGGUGAGGCUUUUGCUGCCAAGCGCGUGGAAGGGAUGGAAGCUCAAUGAGAUGCAGGACUUGCUGGACGACUUCUCGCAGUUCUCGCUCUUCCGAAAGCCCAUGAGUCCCUACCACUUCCAGUACCAGGCGCUCUGGGAAGUUGUACAACAGCUGAAGGACCGGGACCAUGUGCUCAGCUACCUCAUUGCCGGCCACGUGUUGGUCCUCCUGGCCGCUGUGAGCUACUGCGGCUGGAUGAGGUGCAGCAGCCGGAGCUGCACGGUCCAGCGCUGCUCGGUCUGCGCCCCAAAGAAGGGCGUGCACGCGGUGUAGCCAAAAGGAACCCGAAGUCGACGAUGGUUGGGCUGGUCACGCGCCGUGGCGAAGGGGCUGGUAGAACGGGCGACCCGAGCGAAGGAUUCAACACGAAGUACGGAAUCCAAAUGGAAUCGAUCUGCGAAGCAGGUGAAGGUGUUCUAGAGAUA